GGAAGUGAGCUUUGUCCUAACCCUGCUGCUGGCUGGCUCGCAAAGGCUCUGGACCUCUGGCAAUAAAAAGAUCACAAAAGAGCAGCAUGUAGGACAGAGAGUUCCAGCCUGGACAGAGGUGUUCAGGUAACUAUGGCCUCAUCUGACACUGGAGGACCAAGAGUGGCUGUUAUCGGCGGUGGUUUGGUUGGAGCGCUGAACGCGUGCUUUCUUGCAAAGAGGAAUUUUCAAGUUGACGUGUAUGAAGCUAGGGAAGAUAUUCGAGUGGCUAAGUCAACACGUGGAAGAAGCAUUAACUUGGCCCUUUCUUACAGAGGACGGCAGGCCUUGAAGGCCAUAGGUCUGGAAGACCAGGUCGUUUCCAAAGGAGUGCCCAUGAGAGCGAGAAUGAUUCACUCUCUCUCAGGAAAGAAGUCUGCAAUUCCCUACGGGAACAGUUCUCAGUAUAUCCUUUCCAUAAGCAGAGAGAAGUUAAACAAGGAUCUACUGACUGCGGUGGAGUCAUACCCCAAUGCGAAGGUGCACUUUGGCCACAAGCUGUCGAAAUGCCAUCCCGAGGAAGGGGUGGUCACCGUGCUUGGACCUGACCAAGUUCCCAGAGAUGUCACUUAUGACCUCAUUGUAGGAUGCGAUGGAGCCUAUUCAACGGUCAGAGCCCACCUCAUGAAGAAGCCGCGCUUUGACUACAGUCAGCAAUACAUCCCGCAUGGGUACAUGGAGCUGACAAUUCCGCCUAAGAAUGGGGAGUAUGCCAUGGAACCUAAUUGUCUUCAUAUUUGGCCUAGAAAUGCCUUUAUGAUGAUUGCCCUUCCAAAUAUGGACAAAUCUUUCACAUGUACCUUGUUCAUGCCCUUCGAAGAAUUUGAAAACCUUCCGACAAAUUACGAUGUGCUGAACUUCUUCCAGAAGAACUUUCCAGAUGCCAUCCCUCUGAUGGGAGAGCAAGCCCUCCUGAGAGACUUCUUCCUGUUGCCUGCCCAGCCCAUGAUAUCAGUGAAAUGUUCGCCCUUCCACCUGAAGUCACACUGUGUGCUGAUGGGGGACGCAGCUCACGCCAUUGUUCCAUUUUUCGGGCAAGGAAUGAAUGCGGGCUUUGAAGACUGUUUGGUAUUUGAUGAGUUAAUGGACAAAUUCAAUAAUGAUCUUAGUUUGUGCCUUCCUGAAUUCUCAAGAUUUAGGAUUCCAGAUGACCACGCAAUUUCAGACCUGUCUAUGUACAAUUAUAUAGAGAUGCGAGCGCAUGUCAACUCCAGGUGGUUCCUGUUCCAGAGGCUCCUAAAUAGAUUUCUCCAUGCAAUCAUGCCAUCGACCUUUAUCCCUCUCUAUACCAUGGUUGCCUUCACCAGAAUAAGAUACCAUGAGGCCGUGCUGCGCUGGCAGUGGCAGAAAAAGGUGAUAAACAAAGGACUCUUCGUCCUUGGAUCCCUGAUAGCCAUUGGAAGUGCCUACCUACUUGUGCACCACCUGUCCCCGAGACCUCUGGAAUUCUUGAGAAGGCCGGCAUGGACUGGAACCACUGACUACUGGAAUAGAAACACAGGCAUUUUCCAGCAAGUUCCAUGGAGUCACUAGGACAAACCCAGAGCGUCAAGGUUCCGAGGAGACAUUAUAGGAGCAACAACACUCAGAACUGAAAACCACAGCUUGCCUAGUGUGCUGCUUCCUCUUUGUAGCGGUAGAUGGGGCCUGCCUAACCCCAGGAACAGGGCACUUGCUAAAACCAGGGGUGUGAAUGAGAGGCAGGGUGUUUCAAAGAGUUCCUGGAUGAAUCUGUUCUAUUCCCCAGUCUUCAGAUAGCAGAAUUAUUACCUUUUAAAGAUAAGAAAGGGCUAUUAAUGCCAUCCUAAGUGAAGAAUAAGAAAGGGUUGUUAUUAGUAACUGAAAUAUAUCUAGGAGUGAAAAGGAGAUGGGAAGGCUGUCUUACAGACACAUGGAGACAUAGUUCAUUCCGUUUCAGACACAGAAGCGGUGCCUUGAAUGUCACGCUGUGACAGUUAACUUCAUCUUUGAAGUGCAAUAUGGAGACGCUGUUUUUUUCUUUCAGUAGGCUGACUGGUACACUUGAAAAUUCUUUUCAAAUAUUAUUAAUUUUGAAAGCUAUGAUACCAGUGAUGUAGGAAAGAAAUACUGGGGUGAUAAAGAUGAAACAAUUUGGCAUUUUCCAUAGUCUCAAAGGUGUCCUUGAGCCUUAUUAAUUUAGGUUUGGUGUGUAAGGAAAGAAAAAAAAUUGUUUCCUUGGAAAAGGAAUGUAGGUCAGUGGUAGAGUGCUUACUUAGCAUGCCCAGAGCCCUGGGUUACAUUCCCUAGCAUUGCAAAAAUACACAAACAGUAUCAUUGUUCCUUUUAUUUAAGUUUGUUGGCUGUGGCUACUAUAACAGGCAGACUGACAAUAGGAAACAAACUACAGUUUAGAAGCAUGUAUAUUUCAUAUGCACGUGGGAGACACUCAGAAAAUGAGCUGGCUUAGGGGCCGGAGAGAUUGCUCAGCUGUCAAGUGCACGCACCACUCUUGCAGAGAGCACCAGGUCCUAGCUCGCACCUGCCCAUUACUCCAGCUCCAGGAGGUCCAAUGCCUCUGGCUUCCCUGGGCUCCUGUGCCCAUGGGUACAUAACCACAUAUAGACUAACCCCCAUGAUUAAAAACCUUUAGAGGCCAUGAUUUCUAUUAGUACCAACGGGGUGCAUGGGAGGAACCGGAGGGAAGAAAGUGAAGGGCAAAAAAGGAUGUAAUUUUAUUUUAAGUUUAAAAAAUAUUUAAAAGGGGGGAAUCUCUGUGAUACAUAAUGUUGUGGGGAAUGAGCUAAAAUAAACAUCUAGUACAUUUAAAAACAUUAACGUAAGCUCAUAUAGAAAGCCCUGGUUUACGUCAUCUUCCACAAGAAGUAAAGUUACAGAGCCAUAAAAAGACAAGGGCAAAGGACUGGAAGCCCUGGAGUAGCAAUCCUAAGGCCACUUUGGCAAGUGGCGGGUGGGGACACUUUUCUUCUGUCAUUUCUUCUCAGUGACUUCCCGCUCAAGGUAACCCUGCGAAAUGGAGCACAUUUGGGGUAGUAUAUUCUGUUCUCCUCCGGGUAUGGGCAAUGACACAUGCGAAGAUGUCCUCUUCACUAACAUGGCCCAUUAGUGAUCCAGGAGUCUACUGAUAAGCGAUGAGAAUUUAAAACCACAUUAUAUGAAGCUGGAGAGGUGGCUCAGUGAGAGAAGGUGCUUGCUGCCAAGCCUGAUGACCUGAGUUCGAUCCCCGAGGCUCACCUGGUGGAAGAAGAGGAAUGUUUCCCCACAAGCUGUCUUCUGAUUUCCAUAUGCACGAUACAACAUGAGUGUGUACAUGCACACACGCAUGCAAUAAUAAAUAA